AUGGCCGUGAAGAUCCCGACCAUGUCAGCAUUGAUCGUCUUUCUUGCUCUGCUUAGUUUAAGCCAUUCUUGUUAUGGCGAGCUAACACCCGGACACUACAAAGAUACUUGCAAAGACCUCGAGAAAAUCGUAUUUGGAAUUGUUCAAAGGGAAUUCACAAAGAAUGCAACCCUCGCACCCUUAUUGAUCCGCCUAUAUUUUCAUGAUUGUUUCAGCAAUGGAUGCGAUGCAUCGCUUCUUCUAGACGGCCCAAGCAGCGAGCGAAAGGCUAGGCCAAAUCUAAGUGUAGGAGGAUAUGAACUGAUAGAUGCCGUGAAAACUGAGCUCGAACAAAAAUGUGCCGGGCUCGUUUCUUGUGCUGAUAUCAUAGCUCUCGUCACUCGAGAUCUUGUUUUUCUUGCUAGCGGAUUCAAAGCGAAAUAUGAGAUACCAAUGGGACGAUUUGAUAGUUUUGUCUCUUUGAGUUCGACUGUGGAUUUGCCGGGUCCAACAAUGUCUGUCUCGCAAACCGCUGAUAUGUUUGAUAAAAGAAAUCUUAGCGUUGACGAUAUGGUUCUACUUCUUGGUGGACAUACAAUUGGAGUGACGCAUUGCUCAUUCUUUAAGGACCGGCUAUAUAACUUUCAAAAUACGAAUAAGCCUGAUCCAUCCAUGGAUCCUAAAUUGGCACAAGAGCUAAGAGGCAAAUGUCCUGAUAAAUCUACAUUUGAUGGAACUGUUAAUCUUGAUCAAGAUUUUUUUAGCUCGAAUGUUGUCGAUGGAUCUUUCUACAGACAGAUUCAGUCUAGCAGAGGAAUUCUUCAGAUCGAUCAACAAAUCGCCACUGAUGAAAAAACGAGCGAGAUUGUGAGGGGUUUAGCCAAAGGUAACGGUGACGAAUUCUUUGUUAGGUUUGGUCAGGCGAUGGCCAGGUUGGGAUCGGUGAGAGUUAAAGAUAAAAACAAUGGGGAGAUCAGAAAAUCGUGCCGUUCUUGCAACACUCCACUGAUGUGCGCAACAAGUUAA